AAAACCCUUUUCUUAUGUUCUACUAUAAUCUAUAAUAUUUGUCAUAAACUAAUGUAUAAUUCAACUUUAUAGUGAAUUCCAUUUUUAUCUAUUCCUAAAUAAUAACAUUAAAAAAACAUCAAGCAGGAAUAGAUAGUAUCUGUAUAUGCGAUUUUUUUUAUUGUGGCAGUGGACCAUAGUAGAAGUUUGCACUGGGUAACCAGUGACCGGUGUAGGGGAAAAGUUGCAAAGCAACAAAACAAGUGUAUCUUCUAGUUUAGAAUUGUACUUGUGGUUGCUAACUGAAGAACCUGGUCUAAAUAAAGUGAGAUGUCAGUAGAAUCCUAGAAGGGAAUGUGAAGAACCGUACUGAAUGUCUAAUUUUAGUCUUUAGACCUUGGGUCACAGUUUCCAUUUUGACAGGUAAAGGCUUGCUAGAAAUUUUAGGAAGUUUUCAAUCACUUGACGUGCACAAUGAUUAUUUCCGUGUUUACUGGAAGUAAAGAUGGAUCCUUCUGAGAAGUGAUGAGUCAAAACUGAAGUUCCUUUACUGGAUGAGAUGAAGGAUUCUUGAAGAACAAGUAAGAGUGAUAAUGAAGCCCUUGAUGCUGAUGAUUACAUUGAAGCAGAGCUAUAAAAAAUAAACAAUAUGACCCUAAAGGAAGCUGAUGCAGCUGAAGAUGAAGCAAAUGAAAAUUCUCAUGUGGCAGUGCGCAAGGCACAAGGAAAAGCAGCAAGUCACAGUCGAGCCAUAGAAGAAGCCCACAACAAGUAUCCCAAGACUGAUGUGCAGAUACAAAUUUUGCUAGGAUGAACCGUUUGAUGAAAGGCAACUUUACCUAGCCUCACAUGGCCUUUUUCUUGGUAAUGGUUAGUAGGUUGUUUAGAAGGAUAGUUGCUAGCAGGCUUGUCUCUUCGCUAACCUUCUAAACAACCCUUUAGCAAAGAUGGAAAUUGAAAUACUGGCAUAUGAAUAAUGGGUAUAUAUAUCUGUGAUUCUCCUUUGUUUCUGUGUUAAAAGUUGCUUCCUGCGCUUGCUCUUACUCUCUGCACUGCAACCCUUGAUGCUGAUGAUUACAUUGAAGCAGAGCCAUAAAAAAUAAACAAUAUGACCCUAAAGGAAGCUGAUGCAGCUGAAGAUGAAGCAGAUGAAAAUUCUCAUGUGGCAGUGCGCAAGGCACAAGGAAAAGCAGCAAGUCACAGUCAAGCCAUAGAAGAUGCCCACAAGAAGUAUCCCAAGACUGAUGUGCAGAUGCAAAUUUUGCUAGGAUGAACCGUUUGAUGAAAGGCAACUUUACCUAGCUGCACAUGGCCAUUUUCUGGGUUAUGGUUAGUAGGUUGUUUAGAAGGAUAGUUGCUAGCAGGCUUGUCUCUUUGCUAACCUUCUAAACAACCCUUUAGCAAAGAUAGAAAUUGAAUUACUGGCAUAUGAAUAGUGGGUAUAUAUAUGUGAUUCUCCUUUGUUUCUGUGUUAAAAGUUGCUUCCUGCGCUUGCUCUUAUUCUCUGCACUGCAACCUCUCAUUUUACAUGAAAAAUUGAAGCGGAAACAAAGAUAUGUAGUCACCAAACUCCAGAGGAAGCUGCUAAGGACGCAUUUUAAGGCUUAUUGGAGCUAUAUCCAAGACUUUUAAAAAUUGUCCCAUGACCGGUUGAUUAAAAACCUUGAAGAGUGUUCUAUCCACCUAUCCAAGAUGUUGGAUCUGCUGAUUUUUGGCAACUUUUACAAAAUUAAUGCAGUAUUGUUAAAAUUGUGGUGCCAAGCCUCGAACAGUUCUUGGCAGUGUUUUUGACUGGGAUGUUGAAAUUGUGGCGCCAAGUUUCAAACAAGUCCCACCAACGGUUCAGAAAUACAAGUGUCAAGGGAUUUCACUUGGAUACAUUGUAAUUUUAUGUUAUUCACUCUCAGGCGACAGAGUCAAUUCUGAAUAAGUUGGAUAAGUGACCAGAGAAAGAUCACCAAAGUGAGAUCGGAGAGAGGGAGAGAAAAAGACGAACAAGCGUUCUUGAGCGGGAUACGUUGUGAUUCGAGCUUUUUUCAGUUUCUGUGUCACUGUUCUUCACUUCAUUAGCUGAUUAUUUUUCCAUCAUCACCAGAAAUUAUGAAUCAAAAUGAAGUUCUCGCUGCUGAGGACAACAUCGAAGCAGUUUUGGAGAAUGUGAGGAAUAUGACCUCACAGGAGGCUGAUGCAGCUGUGCACAAAGCACUUGAAAAGUGCUGUGUGGCAGUGCGGGCGGCGCAGGACGCAAGUAGCAUGGAAAAAAUGGCUGUAAGGCAUUACCAAGCCUUGAUGGAGUCUCUCAGAAACAAUACAAUGACUGCAGAGUCAGAGAACAUGUACAGUAAUCAAACUUUGUUGGAAGCUGCUGACGAAGCAACUGCAAAGUGUAAUGCUGCAGCGCAGGUGCUACAAGCUUCAUUAACUGUGGCAGUCAAUGCAAAAAGGCUUGUUGAAGCCAUAGAUAAGGCUCGUGAAAAACGUCCGAUGACUGACUGUGAGAGCGGAGGUGCUUCAUCAUCAUAUGGAGGUGCUUCAUCAUCAAAUUGACGGCAUAGACUUUGCAAUGCAUCUGCUUUUGUUCUCAUUAUCAUAAGCAUGCCUGUGGCUGUGCCAUGUUCUUAAAAUAUUUGAAUCAGUGGCCUUACAUUUGAAGAAUAUAUUUCAGUUUUCUGACUUUUGUGCGUGAAAGAACUGUUAUGUACAUUUUGUCUGGAUGAAUGGGUCAGGUCUAUGUUUAUUUGUGUAUUCAACAUGCAAUAGCUCAGUGUGAGUUUUAGUAAAUUUGUUUAAAAUUAA